AGCUGGGAGGCCGGAUAGGGAGCUGCAGAUGAUGAUGCAUGAAUGGCCAGUGUAGGAAAAGGACUGAAAUUGACUGGGGGAAAUAAUAAAAUGGUGACAACUUUAAGGAGGUCAAUCGAAAUCCGGGUCCCUCAAAAAGAGGAGGAAGGGGAAAAGAGAGAAUUUUUCUUUUCGUGGUCUUUUGUUUUUGUUUGUUGGGUGAGUGCAUUGCAUUAUGGCUGGACAAUUGAUGAUCAAGGCAUGAGAUUCUUCGUCUGGGGUGUGUAGUGGUUGGAAGUAGGGAAAAAGGCCAAAUGCAUUAGUCAGAAGAAUGAAAUUGCGAAUUUGGGGUCAUUGAGAUUGGAGAGGAGGGGAUUCCGUUCCCUUUUGUAGGAGCAAGGCAAACUUUUCUCCUCUUUUUGGGUUUGGGAUGUCUGAGAGGCUUUUGAGGGAUGAGUUUUAGAUCAGAGGGUGUUUUUGGAACAGCACAGAGGCGGAUAUCUGGAGUAGCAGCAUUCGGAGUCAAGGCUUAUAGCAUGAUACUGGGAUCUAGAAUUGCCAAAUUUGUACUCGGUGAAGCUAAGGAAGAGAACCUGAAAUGCAGUCAUCUGUGCAAACUGGAGGGCGCUCAGCAAGCCCUUUAAGCAGGUCGAAGUCCAACCCCGAACAUCCUCCAAGUCCUGCAUACUCUGCAUCUGGGAGAACCAAGAAAAGAGACAGGAGUGACAAGAGUGUUGAUUCAUCCAAAAAAAAGCGUUCAGCAGAGCCUCCAGAAAUCGGCAGCCUUGUUGACAAGGAUGGGGGUCUUCUCAACUUUUCUGCUGUUGAUGGGUUGUACUUGCUUAUGCUACAAGAUCUGAAUAAAAGCUCCAGGAAGUUGAAAGACAUUGCACUGAGGAGAACCUCUCUUGCGGCUGUGAUUAGUUCUACAGUUAGGGAUGAUUGUUUAAAGAAAUUUGUCGACCUGGGUGGGUUAUCUUUAUUGAAUAACUGGCUCCAAGAUGCCCACAAGGGAAAACUUGGAGACGGUGUUUUCUCAGAAGAAAACGAUAGGACCAUAGAUGAUUUGAUUUUGACCCUGCUUCAGGCUUUGGAGAAGCUGCCUGUGGACUUGGAUGCGUUGAAAACCUCCAAUGCUGGUAAAUCGGUGAAGAAUUUAAGAAGUCACGCAGACUCGAAGAUUCACAGGAAGGCCAAAAAAUUGGUGGACGCUUGGAAGAGAAGAGUAAACGCAGAAAUGAAGCAAUCAGAAGAAGCUAAGACUGGAUCCAAGCACGAUGUUUGUCGCCCCUACAAGCCCAUAAUACCAAAGGAUUCACCCAGUGCCAUAAAGAAUGGAGGGUCUUUGGAUGCAAAUUUGAGAAGCUCCGGGGCUUUUGGUAACGUUGUAAAAAAUACCACCACUACCAACAGUUCGAGCAUGGGAGAGGCCGCGAUGUACUUGAAAAAAGGCGGGGCAGCUCUUUCCACCAGCGGAGGAGCCUCAAACAAAGAAAGUCCUUCUAGGAUGCAAUUAAGUAACAGCCCACCUGGAGAAGCUGAUGGUGUGUCUGUUCCUGACGAGAGGAGCAGCAAUUCCAACCAGCCAUUAAAUAAUGGUGUUCUGUGGUCAACUGCACCUAUGAAAAAUGCAGUAACCAACUGGAAAGAAGAUUCAAAAGGUUCCGUCGGUAAUGCUGGAACCACGAAGGGAGGAAAUUCAAGGUCCCAUAUAACUAGUAAAGGAGUAAAUGCUGGGUCUAAGGAAGCUGGGAUAGGGAAGUCACUUCCUAGAAGCGCCAGUGCAGGCACAGACAAGAAAACUGUUGUACCUGCCUGUGAAAAAAUAUCAAAUGAGUCCAUGAAGGUUGAAGCAGGUGGGAACAAUCAAAGACUCAUUUUGAGGAUUCCCAAUAAUGCUAGAAGCUCUCUUAGCAGUUCUUUUGCAGAUGCGGCAGUACCCUCUAGCAAAGAUUCAUCUUCAAACGUUGCAGAAAGGAAUCUGGAAUUGAAAGACAGAAAGAGUAGGUUGCAGAAUGCUCCUCUAGAGAACGCCAAUAUGAAAACUUCAUCUUCCAGACAUGAUGAUGUUGAAAAGCAUGCAGAUGUGCCCAAAAGAAGAAAUGAAAUGGAUUGUCACUCAUCUGAAUCUUACAUGUCAUUUAGUUCCACCGAAUGUUGCACUCUUGAUUAUAAGAAAAGCCACCAAUUUCAAGAAGGCCAGCAAGCAAAUGAAAUGACUCAUGAGUCUUCGAAGAAUAAUGGUUCGAGAUCAAAUGGAUGUGGGACUGAGGAUAUUAAUGCGGGGAUUAGUCUCCUAGCCUCUAUUGCUGCAGAUGAAAACCUGAGGAUUGAGGCAAAUGCUGCUUUAACAGCCUUUGAGGAACAAAGGAAUGCCAAAGAUUCUGAAAAUCAGCAUCAGGGCGCAAGGACAGCUUGCUUGACUGAUUCAGAAAAUUCACCUAUGAGUGGUAUCACUGAAAACUCUGGGAGAAUUGAAGUAGCUCCAGAUGCUGAUGCAAAGGAUGCUCAGGGGAAUUGUGAUUAUCUCAAACCAGGCUCUGGUGAAGGCGCCCCAAAUUUGGGAAUUUCUGCUGGAGCACUUGAUACUGACUUUGGGCACUCAGACGAAAAUGUGAAAACAAGUGAAGGAAACUCCUCUGAGACGAAACCCUCUGGAGGGAAAUCUGAAGGAACUUGUUGCUUGCCUAGUGAAACGAGACCUAGAUCUCCGUCAGGCAGAUCAUUAGACGAUAGUAGAAGCUAUGAAAAUGAAGUUACGUUGCAUGUGACAAAAGAUUUCAGUGCCCCCGAGGGCAAUGGGGUUGAGGAGAAGGAAACACCAUUGCAUGCCAAGAGCGGUGCUGCCUUCUUGGUUGAUGCUUCUUCUGCUGGUGAAAAGAAAAAUUGUGCUAACAGCACUCCAAAGGAGUCUGCAUAUGAGAUCCCUGGCGAAGAUGCAAUUGAAGUAGCAAUGCAGGUGGCAAAGGAAGCAACAAUGCAGGUGGUAACGGAAGUGAAGGAAGAAAUGGAGAAUUACGUGAAAGUCUCUCUUGAGAGUGAUGAUAAAAUGGCAACAAGCUUGGGGCAGAAGAAGGCUGUGCCAUUAACAGACAAUCCAGUCUCUGAAAGGCAUACAUGUGAAUCUAUAGAUCAGAAGAAUGAUGACAAAGAUGAUGCUGGUGAUAAAAAAAGCUACAUAGGAGUGAAAGAGGAAAAGAUGAAUUAUUCUGAAGACAAAGAAGCAGAACAGACAUGUACUUAUACGUCAUUUGAGGGCAGACCAAUUAAAAAUUUGGGCACUGAAGAUUUGGAUGAGAGGCUACGAGAAUCAAGUUCAUCGAAUGAAUCUAAAAAGCCUAUGCAUACUGUACAGCUGCAAAAUUCAUCUUUCUUCACUGCUGUUGAACCAAAAGAAACUGUGAAGGCUGAAUUAUCUUCUUAUUUGGAGGCACCGGGAAAGCUUCGCUUUGACUUGAACGAAGGAAUUCAUUUAGAGGAGAGUCCACACGAAACAGUCACUGCAGUUUCUUAUCCCAUUGCUUCUAUUCCUAUAACACCAGUUGCUUUUCAUCCUGUCAAUUCUUCUAGCUUGAGUGGCAUUAUUCCACCUCCGAGUGUGCUUCAGGGAAAAGGUGAGCUGGGUUGGAAAGGUUCUGCUGCAACAAGUGCUUUUCGCCCAGCUGAGCCCCGAAAGAUCCAAGAGAGCUGCCAAAAUGCAACUGAAAGCACCACGGCUCAUGUGCCAUCUGCAUCAAUUUCCAAACCAGCUCGGCCUUUGUUUGAUUUUGAUCUCAACAUUGCAGAGGAAGAGCCGAUAGAUGAGGCCAUUAAACCUAACCAAACAACACAGAAUUCAUCAAGUUCAAGGCUUGACCUUGAUCUCAACCGCCUUGAUGAGAGUGAAGAAAACGGAGCAGUUUUGGCUUCAGAAUUAGUAAAUACUGAGGGGCAUAGUUCAGCUAAAAUAAGCAAGACCAUUAAACAUGACUUUGACUUGAAUGCUGUGCUAGGUAUGGAUGAUACAGCCACAGCUGAUCAUGCUGAUCCACGCAGGAAUCCAUGGGCUUCUGGCUAUGGAAGUGUAUUACCUUUCACCGGUUUCAAAACGGGCAGUGACAUGGUCAGUUUACAUCCACCUUGGAAUCAACUUGGCAGCACAUUUACUUCGCCUCCUAUACCGGCUUUAGGACAAGUGAGGCAAGAUACUCCUUUUUCAGCAUCCAUGUCACCUACUUUUUUCAAUGUAGGACAAGGUCAGAGCAUUCCUCCGUUCCACCCUGAGAUGUGCAGGCCAUCGGCUGAGCCUCUCUCGUCGACUGCCUCAGCCCUUCCUUACCCAAUCCCACACUCAUCUACUUUUCAAUAUGCUCAAUAUAACGUUGGAUUUACUUCUGCACCCUUUUCAGCUCCAGCAUCUUUCUUGGAUUCAUCAGGUUCUGCUUCAUAUGCUCCAAUGGCUCCUCCAUUUCUGACGUCUGGUGCAAUCCAUGCAUCCCCUUCCAGACCAGGAUUUUCUGAAAUUGGAGCUGCAGUGAGCAGCAAUGGCAUCUGGCCUAGACCAAGCUUAGAUUUGAAUGCAGGCCCUAGUUUUGAUUUGAAUUCAGGGCCAGAGCAUACUGAUGCAGAUGUUCGAGAAGAUAGAACUGCCAUGCGGCAGGCACCUGUUUUCCCUAAUACAUUUCCUUUCGAACAGAAAAUCAGAGUUCUACGGCAGUCAGUAGACCCAUCCGACUCUCAGAAGAGGAAGGAGCCUGAAGCAGCAUGGGAUUUAUAUAGAACUGAAGCAGUAACAGAUCUCACAGAUGUAAAUGCCAGAGAUGAGAGGGUCACAUUGAGGCAGAUGCCUGUUUUUGGGAAUCCCUUUUCCAUUGAUGAGCAGCAUUUCAGAACCUUACGCCAACCAGAACCAGUAGAAUCUUUGAAGAGAAAGGAGCCUGAAGGAGGCUGGGAUUACAGAGCUGUGAAGCAACCAACGUGGAGAUAGAUGGCUGCUUAUUUAUGUUCAAGGGUCUUGUUAUUCUUGAUGCUUGCCUUACCUGGAACAGCCCAAUGGCCCCCCCUGCAUUUUGGCAACAUUGUACAGUUAACUAUUCACAUUUGCAACAAAAGUAACAUACUGCUCAUGGCAUGGAUGAUUGGACCUCAUCUAAUCAGCUCUUCAAUUUUGGUUGCUUUGGAGGCAUUGAAAGUUUUUUGGAUGAAGAUCAGCAAUAACCAGUAGUUAGGGCAAAAGCUGUCUGGAAGCUCUUACUUUCAAGGCUUCUCCUUGAAUCUCUUUUUGUUUUUGCAUGUGCUUUGAGGUUCGCAUGCCUUAUUGUACCCUCUCCCUUGACCGUAUUUAUGAAUCAUUAUUUGAAAUGUAUAUGAAAAAUACCAUGUAGGUUCUACAUGCCAUUUUGAAGGCUUAUAGCCUUCUUUGUUUUAUAAUGCUGGUGUGAGAACUGUGGGUUCAGACUUAUCGUGGUUUCAUAAAAAUUAACAAGUGGUGGCAGCAGUUCUUUCAUUUUUGGUAUGAUUUAGAUUUAUUCUGGUAUCAUUAUUUUGGUCGAGAAACAAUGCCAGAACCAGAUCUUAAUUCUUUCGAGUGAUAAAUGAAUUCACAACAAUUUACAAUUUGUAACAGUAUCAAAACAUGGAAGAACUGAGGUUGACUAUUAUGUUAUUCCCUCAAGAUUCUAAUAUAGAACUGUGGCAUAUAACAUUUUUAGCAGA